AUGUCUACCACAGGUCACCAAGGAAACAGUAACACUACCUAUAAUGUCUCUACCACAGGUUACCAAGGAAACAGUAACACUACCUAUAAUGUCUCUACCACAGGUUACCAAGGAAACAGUAACACUACCUAUAAUGUCUCUACCACAGGUUACCAAGAAAACAGUAACACUACCUAUAAUGUCUCUACCACAGGUUACCAAGGAAACAGUAACACUACCUAUAAUGUCUCUACCACAGGUCACCAAGGAAACAGUAACACUACCUAUAAUGUCUCUACCACAGGUUACCAAGGAAACAGUAACACUACCUAUAAUGUCUCUACCACAGGUCACCAAGGAAACAGUAACACUACCUAUAAUGUCUCUACCACAGGUUACCAAGGAAACAGUAACACUACCUAUAAUGUCUCUACCACAGGUCACCAAGGAAACAGUGACACUUCCUAUAAUGUCUCUACCACAGGUUACCAAGGAAACAGUAACACUACCUAUAAUGUCUCUACCACAGGUCACCAAGGAAACAGUGACACUUCCUAUAAUGUCUCUACCACAGGUCACCAAGGAAACAAUAACACUACCUAUAAUGUCUCUACCACAGGUCACCAAGGAAACAGUGACACUUCCUAUAAUGUCUCUACCACAGGUCACCAAGGAAACAGUAACACUACCUAUAAUGUCUCUACCACAGGUUACCAAGGAAACAGUAACACUACCUAUAAUGUCUCUACCACAGGUUACCAAGGAAACAGUAACACUACCUAUAAUGUCUCUACCACAGGUUACCAAGGAAACAGUAACACUACCUAUAAUGUCUCUACCACAGGUUACCAUGGAAACAGUAACACUACCUAUAAUGUCUCUACCACAGGUCACCAAGGAAACAGUAACACUUCCGAUAAUGUCUCUACCACAGGUCACCAAGGAAACAGUAACACUACCUAUAAUGUCUCUACCACAGGUUACCAAGGAAACAGUAACACUACCUAGUAACAUUCAAUAAUGUUAAAUAUCACACUGGAGUCACGUUCUGACACAAUGAUGUCAUAGUUUAUUACAACAAGAAAUCAUCAAUACAUGGAAAAUACCAUUCAACUGUAUAUACAUGAUCAAUAUAUAAUAUACAGUGGGGUCUGGAAUUAUAGACACCCUUGAUAAAGAUAAUAAUGACUGUAUAGAAUACAUCAAUAUAUAAUAUACAGUGGGUCAGGGAAUUAUAGACACCCUUGAUAAAGAUAAUAAUGACUGUAUAUACAUGAUCAAUAUAUAAUAUACAGUGGGUCUGGAAUUAUAGACACCCUUGAUAAAGAUAAUAAUGACUGUAUAAAAUACAUCAAUAUAUAAUAUACAGUGGGGUCUGGAAUUAUAGACACCCUUGAUAAAGAUAAUUACUGUAUAAAUAAAUAAUUUAAAUACUGAGCUCUAUCAUCUGCUCAACAACAUGUCAAUUAUAUUAUUUUAUACUAACACGAUUGAUCUGAUUCAAAUAUUUAGUUUAACAAGUAGUAUUUAUUUUCUAAAUGAUUGACCCCCCUAAAGAGUAAUAAACUAGUCAGAAGGUCAGUAUCUGGUUCUAUAUUCAUAGCAAUGACAUCAUCACACUGUAGAUUUUCCUCCUUGCUGUCCCCAGUCCACCUGGCCAUGCUGCUGUUCCAGUUUCAACUGACCUGAGCCCUAGGACCAUGCCCCAGGACUACCUGACAUGAUGACUCCUUGCUGUCCC